AAACACACCAAGUCAUCCACGGUGGAGUUAAACCAUACAGCUGUGAGUUAUGUGGAAAGUCUUUUACCCACUGCAAGCUUAAAAACACACCAAGUCAUCCACAGUGGAGUUAAACCAUACAGUUGUGAGUUGUGUGGUAAAGCUUUUACUUGCAGUGGUAACUUACAGCGUCAUCAACUCAUCCACUUGGGAAUCAAGGCGUACAGCUGUGGUCAAUGCGGUAAAGCUUUUGCUCGGAGUAGCACCUUACAACGUCACCAAGUUACUCACUCUGGAUUUAAACCGUACAGCUGCGACUUGUGUGGAAAGUCUUUUAACGAUCCGGCAGACUUGAAAAAACACCAACUCAUCCACAGUGGAGUAAAAGUGUACAUAGAUGAUCCUGUGAAAGCUGAGCCACCUGUGGAAAAAGAAGAAAAAUGUGUGUCUGAUAGCUUGCUACCUGCUACACCUGACCUGUCUAUUGAGGACCAACAUGGAGCGAGAAGUCAGCGCUCUCAGGAGGCCGACAAACCUCACAGAAGAAAGGGAGAGAAAACAUACAGCUGUGAGGAGUGUGGGAAGGAUUUUAAUCGGACGUCUGACCUGAUACGGCAUCAACUCAUCCACAGUGGAGUUAAAGCACACUACUGUGACUUGUGUGGAAAGUCUUUUACCCUGGCUGCGAACUUAAAAACACACCAACUCAUCCACAGCGGACUUAAACCGUACAGCUGUGACUUGUGUGGAAAGUCUUUUACCCAACUUGGACACUUAAAAAGACACCAACUCAUCCACAGUGGACUUAAAGCACACAGCUGUGAUCAGUGUGGUAAAGCUUUUGCUCGUAGUAGCAGCUUACGAAAUCAUCUAGUUACCCACUCUGAAAAUAAUCAAGCGUAUAGCUGCGACAUUUGUGGAAAAACAUUCUGCUCGCUAGUCAAACGAAAUAUUCACCUGCGCAUUCACACUGGACAGGAUGUUUACUGGUGCGAUCAGUGUGGGAAACUGUUUACAACAGCCACACACUUAAAAAACCACAUGUUUAUCCACACUGAGGAGAGACCUUAUAAAUGUGACUGGUGUGAAAAGGCUUUUAAAGAGCCACAUUCCCUGAGAAAGCAUCAACAGAUUCACACCAGAAAAAUACUCUACAAGUGCAGUUACUGUGAGAAGCAGAGCGACACAGAUGGAUCCACUUCUCAACCCUGUCGUCACUGUGGUGGUGGGAAAGACUUUCUCUGUGACCUUUGUGGAAAAACUUUCAGUCAUCAACAAAGCCUAAAAGUACAUCAGCGUAGACACACUGGAGACAAAAUGAACUACUGCAAAGAAUGUGGGAGAGGUUUCUCCAAACCAAGUGAAUUAAAACGACAUGAAGUCAUUCACAGUGGGGUUAAAAAGCACGUGUGUGACCAGUGUGGGUCAUCCUUCACCACUGCAGGUUACCU